AUAGAAGGUCCGAAAAUCUCGGAUCUAUCACGUGAUCUCGCUAAUGGCGUUGUUCUGAUUCGAUUGAUUGAAUCACUUCAAGGACGAAAAUAUUAUGGAAAGAUAGAAGGUCCGAAAAUCUCGGAUCUAUCACGUGAUCUCGCUAAUGGCGUUGUACUGAUUCGAUUGAUUGAAUCACUUCAAGGACGAAAAUAUUAUGGAAAGGCCUUUUUGCCAUGCCUAAUAUCUGCCCUUAACUGUAGUACGUUGAAUACUAGCAAAUAUUUGCAGUUUCAGAUUUAUGAAGAUGAGCCGACGGAGAUACAAAUGUUACUCAAUGUACAAAUGGCGUUAGACGCUCUCAGAGAAGAUGGUAUCAAGACUGUCAAUAUUGGAAGCCAUGAUGUGGUCGAAGGCAAUACAAAACUUAUACUUGGUUUGAUAUGGUGUCUUAUACAACGAUAUCAAAUCGCAUCACGUAGUAAAAUACCACCGAAAAAACUGGUCAUGGCUUGGAUUCAGUCAGUUCUACCAGAAAUGAAGCUCACAAAUUUUCGAACGAAUUGGAACGAUGGACGAGCGUUGAGCGCUUUAUUGGAAUACUGCCAGCCAGGUUUGUGUCCUGAAUGGAAAGGAUUAGAUCCCGCAAAAGGGCUGGCAAAUUGUGAACGUGCUCUGAAACUUGCAAAGGAAUACUUAAAUAUCCCACCGAUUAUAUCAGCAGCGCACCUGAACAGCCCCCACUUGGACGAGUUGUCGUGUAUCACAUAUUUAUCAUAUUUUAUAAUGAGAGGAGCAUGCGGUUAUCAAGCAACACUACGACGGGUUCAAACGGUAGGUGUUUUUUUAUAA